UCCUGGGUGCUAGAGGUCUGGGUGCGCCUCCUGCGGAGUUUGUCCCGGCUGAUCGCGGAGGUCCGGGACCGACCCCGGUCGGCUCAGGCCCUUUGCUCGUAGCCUUUUUCUGCCUGGCGUCUGCAACUGGUGGUGCGCGGGCCACGCGGGAUCCGGGUCUGGGCGCUUCUGGACCAGGGCCGGCGCGUUCUGGAAUUCCUUGCUUGAAGAUUCGGAAACCAUCUUCCUUAACGCCCUCCGCUUGGUAUUUUCCUCGUCGGAAGCUCAGUUUCUGAGGAAGGUACCAGGAAACUGAUAAUGUUUCCUUGAAUUUUCUUCAAUGUCUCUCAUACUGAAUAUCUUAAGAGAGAUGCUGGCAUAUUUUGGUGUUCCCAUAGACCAGGUUUUGCUGACUUGGGAAAAUAAAGACUAUGGAUCAACUCGGAGUAUUGUUCGUAUUAUUGGGAAAAUGCUUCCUUUAGAACCUUGUAGAAGACCUGCUUUUGAGUUGAUCCCGCACUUGAACUCUGUAGAAUCUGAUAAUUGUGGAUCUAUGGUUCCAUCUUUUGCUGAUGUUUUAUGUGUGGCAAAUGAUGAAGAAGCCAGUUAUCUCAGAUUUCGAAAUAGUACAUGGAAAAAUGAAGAAAAGGAAAAAAAUGAAUUUUCCCAUCCUUUACAACCAAUUUUGCAUCCACUGUUAUCAGCUCAAAGACAGAACAAACCAGUGAAAAAUGAUCUGCCUGUAAAUGAAGCUGCAAUUAAAAAAAUAGCUGCCCUUGAAGAUGAGCUUACUUUUCUUCGCUCUCAGAUUGCAGCAAUUGUGGAAAUGCAGGAACUAAGAAAUAGAAAAAAAUCUGGCUCCUUUGACUUGAAUGAUGAGCCCCCUGGUGUGGGAAGAAUGCCAUCACGGGCAACCGCUGAACUGAGUGUAGAACCAGAUCAGUUUCCAAGUGCAAUGCUUUCUCCUCCUUCACCACCACCGCUUCCUCCUCAUUUUUCUUCUCCUCAGCUUUCAAGUUUUCCUCCCAUACAACCAGGAUCUACUAAUAUUUGUGACUCAGAUAAUCCAAUAGCUGAAAUGAAAAAGCAGCACCCCGGUGCUAAGACCAAUUAUAGUCAUCAUUCAAAAAGCCAGAGAAAUAAAGAAGUUCCAAACAUGUUGGAUGUUCUAAAGGAUAUGAAUAAGGUCAAGCUCCGUGCUAUUGAACGGUCACCUGGUGGUAGACCCAUUCAUAAGAGGAAAAGACGAAGUUCACAUUGGGAUCCCGUGUCCUUAAUAUCACAUGCACUUAAGCAGAAAUUUGCAUCCCAAGAAGAUGACUCCUUUGACAAAGAAAAUAGAUCUUGUGAUUCUUCUCCAUGUAAUAGAUCUUGGGAGUCUUCUCCAUUUUCUAGUCCAGAAGCUUCAAGGUUUGGACAUCACAAUUCACAGACAGAAGGACAGUGAUCUGAGGGAAGAGCUGAUAAUGCACAAAAGCUGUUGGACAAAGUAUUGGGCACAAAAAGUCUUUCUUCACUUGGAAGGAAAGAUGCAGAAAUAUGGCAGCAUGUCUUUCGCUGCCUUUCACAGGAUCAGCUCCUCUGCCCAGGAUUGUUGAAUGAAGCCUGUAUCCUGGGACAUGUUAGGGCCCUGGUCUGAGGAAGAAUACCUGUCUCCAGUUUUGGAAGAUUCUGCAGUUAACUGACUACUGAAGAGAGUUAGGUGUAUGGAUUUUUUCCCAUGUAUGUCAACAUUAUUGAAAGCUGACUAUACGUUCCAACAAUUGUCCUCAGCAAUUCUGACUUCCCAGUUUAAAAGCCUUUGAAUCUUUUAAAAAUCGGUAGUGAUCUGGCUUACAUGGCCUCCAGUAACUUGGAGAUUUUCAAAGAAGAUAAAAUUAUAAUUUAUUAAGAAACUCUUAGUUUUAAUCAUAGGGUUAAGCUUUUUGAAACUUCUUCCUGAGAUAAUAAAUUAGUCUUGGACACAGAUUUUGUUUAAGUGAUACAAGUACAAGUAUUUAAAGAAUCUUCUUGACAUGUUUUGCCUGCACUUGUGAUGUAAACAUGUAUGCCUGACAUCUGUUUCUUUCAUUCUGUAUUACAUUUAUACAUUGUUCUUUUGCAAAUAGAUUGUACAAUAAAUGUGUCUUUUGAACAUGA